UAGCACCAGCCGGGUACAUGUGAGCUUCCUCCCUGGUGCAGUGAGGGCGUUGCCGUGGAUACGCAGUGAGGGCGUUGCCGUGGAUACGCAGUGAGGGCGUUGCCGUGGAAACGCAGCGAUGCGGCGCCUGUACGUGGGCGGCCUGAGCCACGCCAUCACCCAGAAGGACCUGAAGGAUCGGUUCGGGAAGUUCGGAGCCGUGGAGGACGUGGAGCUGCGGACCAGGAGGGACGACGAGGGAGUUCCUUACAAAACCUUCGCCUACAUCAACAUCGACGUUUCAGACGCCGACCUGAAGAAAUGUUUGACGGUUCUCAACAAGUCCAAGUGGAAAGGAGGAACGCUGCAGAUCGAAACGGCCAAAGAGAGUUUCCUGCACAAGCUGGCUGAGGAGCGGCAGGAGACAGCAGCGGCGGCGGAGCGGCGUCUGCAGGUUCCCUCCGCCGAGGACGGGGGGCGGAGCCUCCUGGAGUCGCUGAGCGGCGCCGGGGUGGACAACUUCACCAUGAAGGCAGCGGUGCCGGGGACGGAAGUACCGGGACACAAGGACUGGGUGGUCAGUAAGUUCGGCCGCGUCCUGCCCGUCAUGCAGCUCAGCCGGCAGAAGGGCAGCCGGGCCCGGACCGUGACCUACGACCCGUCCAAGUACAGCCACAACAUCCGGCGGCUGGACCGGGCCGCUGAGGCCGAGGCCCCGCCCACCCCCGUCACGCAGCUCACCUGGGCGGUGGGGGGGGGCGACGAUGACAUCAGCAAGAAGAGGCGGGGCGAGUUCCCCCCCUACGACCCUCCCAGGCCCAAGAAGAGCAAAUCGGACCUCAACUCCCAUGAUGCUUUGGGCAGAACCAGACGGGUCCAGACUCCGGUCCAGACCCCAGUCCAGACGCCGGUCCAGACCCCAGUCCAGACGCCGGUCCAGACGCGGGUCCCGGGCCCCGCCGGAGCCCGUCGGCUGACCAACGGCUCCGGGCCGCCCGCCAACCGCAGACUGGCGCCGAGGUAUCCUGACAGCGACUCGGACGAGGAAAUCCGCCGGCUGGUUGCAGCUCAGCAGAAUUCCCAUGAUGCACUGCAGCAGCGGGAGGAGGAGGAGGAGGAGGAGGAGCUGGAGGUGGUGGGGCUGGACUUCCUGCAGAAGUCUUCACACAGAGGUGAUGAAGACGAGGACGGAUACGACUCGGCCGACACGGACGAGCUGCUCACGUCACGGAGGAAGAGUCCUCCUCUUCCUCUUCUUCCUCCUGGGAGGCUGUCGAACCAAACGGAAGAGAGGAAGACAAAGAAAUGUGAAGAGGAGGAGGAGGAGGAGGAGGAGUGUGUAGAGGUCUCCUCUGGGAAACCUUCAUCCACACGACGAAAAGAGGAUUCCAGUAAAAACGGUCGGAGUAAGAAGAAAACCGUCGUACCGGAGCUGAAACCUUCCCCGGUGCCAGCCAGUGAUGAAGAGGAUGAUGAUGAUGAUGAUGAUGAUGAUGAUGAUGAUGAUGAAGAGCAGUCGGCGGGCUCGGACUUGGACUACGACACCAUGUUCUCCAACGUCACCCAUCUGGAGAUCUCCUUCUCCGACCUGCAGAAGCUGGCCGAGGACGCCCAGCGGGCGGAGGAAACUCCCAGCAUGCCUUGCUCCGGGCCGGCGGGGCCGGCGGGGCCGGCGGGGCGACCCGCCCCCAAGAAGGGAACCACCCCCGAGGAGAUCCUGGCCGCCCUGCUGGGGGACGACGGCAGCGACGACGACGACACGGGGAGGAAGAAGAAGAAGAAGAAGAAGAAGGUGGCGGCGUCGACGCCUCUGCCGGCCUUCCGGGGGACGAAGUUCCUGGAGGAAGAGGAGGAGGAGGAAGAGGAGAAGAAAGAAGAGGAGAAGAAGAAGAAAGAGGAGAAGAAGAAGAGCCACCAGGCAGAAGCUUCAUCCUGCAGCGACGACGAUGACGGAGGAAAGAGUAAGAAAAGGAAGAGGAUGGUGGCGGCGUCGACGCCGCUGCCGGCCUUCCGGGGGACAAAGUUCCUGGAGGAAGAGGAAGAGGAGGAGGAGGAGGAGGAGGAGAAGAAGAGCCACCAGGCAGAAGCUUCAUCCUGCAGCGAAGACGAGGGUGGAGAAGAAGAUUCAGGGGAAGCUGAAGCUCGUUCUCCUCAGCAAGGCCGGUCCUCGUCCAGCGAGGAGGAAGAGGAAGAGGAGGAUGAGGAGGAAGAUCAGGCCCCGCCCCCCCAGAAGGCCCCGCCCCCCCGGCCAGCGCUAGCAGCUGAGGAAGAGGAGGAGCUGCAGAGGAAGGCUAACCUGAGGCGGCUAGCGGCUCUGCAGCAGAAACAGAAAGAAGCUGAAGAUCAGAAGAAGCUGAUCCAGGGAGCUCUGACCUCACUGGACGCUCCGGCCUCCCGAGGAGGGAAGCACAUCGUCUUCGGUUCUGAGGAUGAAGAUGAUGAAGACGAGGGGCUGGCUGCCGCGUCCAAGACCAGCCUGAAGCACGACAGCCAAUCAGGAGACGGGACGCCGGCCGGUCAGAGCUCCAGGAAACAGGAGCGUCUCGGCCCGCAGCUGUUCGGCGGCAGCGAGGAUGAGGAGGAGGAGGGAGGUGAUGAAGAGAAGGACAGGUUCAGCAUCAGACCUCAGUUCCAGGGCCCGGCGGGUCAGAAGCUGAUGGCUCUGCAGAGCCGCUUCGGGACGGACCAGCGGUUCCGGAUGGACUCACGCUUCCUGGAGGACGAGGAGGAGGAAGAGGAGGAGGAAGAGGAGGGUGCAGAGACGCCGGCGCCGGGAGCCGAGGUCCUGGAGGAGGAGAAGAAGAAGAAUCUCUCCAUCGUCCAGAGCGUCCUGGGCGGCGGCUCGCAGGCUAGCAGCGGCGGCGGCGCCGCUACGCCGGCCAAGGCCAAGAAGUUCAGGGACGCGGCGGCGCUGCACUACGACCCCAGCAGGGAGGAACACGCCGCCUUCGAGACCAAGACGGACGAAGCCAAGAAGGAGAGCAAGGCGUCCCGGAGGAAGAAGAGGGAGGAAGCUCAGAAACUCCCCGAAGUCCCCAAAGAAAUCUACUACGACGUCUCCGGGGACCUGAAGGCCGUGUUCGGCGCGGGGAAGGACGAGGCCGGCGGCGACGAGGAGGAGGAAGAGGAGGAAGAGGAGGAGGAGAACUGGGACCAGCGGGAGGAAGAGGAGGGUGAAGCCGAGGAGGAAGAGCAGACGCCUGAUCCCAGCUCCAAGACGGACGAGUCAGGGGGAUUCAAGUUCUCCUUCUUCGCCGAGGCGGCGGCGGGGAGCGGGGAGGCAGCAGCCGAGUACCAGGCGGAGAACAUCCCGGCACCGAGGUUGUCAUGGCAACGGGACAGCAGCUCCGACGAGGAGGGGGAGGAGCCAGAGCUGGAGGGGGCGGAGUUAAGCAGCGCCGCAACGGGAACCACAGAAGACGCGGCGUCAUCGAAGGCCGGAAGAUUCUUCUUCCACCUGGAGGACGGCAGACUGACGGACGGGCCGAGCUGGUUCUGUCCGUCCGUCCAGCUGGAGGAGGAGAGGGAGCAGUGGGAGGAGAGGAGGAGCGCGCUCAGACAGGAAUAUCGUAAGAAGCACAAAGACGCCCGGAGGAGGCUGACGGUGGCGCUGAGGAGCUGAGCAUCAUGGGAAGGGAGGGAGCUGAGCAUCAUGGGAAGGGAGGGAGC